AUGCCAUUCGAGGGGAACCACCGGCACGCCAGUGUCUUAAAAAUGAGUUCAAAUCUAAUUCGGUUUCUAAAAUUGUUUUUCGAAAAUAGUGACACAUUUGUCGAAAACUUUGAUCGAGAUUUGGAAAUUGUUGAAACAAACGAAGUGAGAAGGUUUCGCGUAGUUGCUGAAGAAGAUUACACUGAAAUUCAAGGAGACUACAGUAUCCAAAGAUGGGACGGUGUCGAAGCAACGAUAAGUUGUCAGUUCGGAUAUUUUACGAUGGUUGUUUGGCACGUGGAUGGGAAUAGAUUGUAA